AUGCAAAAUUCUUUUAAUAUCGAAGUGGAUAAAGAAGCAAACGUUGAAUUAGACGCCGCGAUAGAUAGUUGUAGUUAUCUUACUUUCUCCUUUGACAAUCUUAAAUGUUCCGGAACUGAAGAAACAUUUUGUAAAGAAAUUAAUACUGGAGAAACCUCAGAAACUGAUCAAACAUUUGUUAAAGAACGGUAUAUCGAAGUUACAGAUGAAACAAGAGAUGAAAAUGAUCCCAUCUCAAAAUUGCAGAUACGUGCGCACACAGGAACAAAUUGGCCAAUUAUGCCGAGACAGCCUUAUGACCGGUGGAACCUAAACUUACUUCUGGUGCAACUGUCAAAAGAGACAACUGACGAAGAAUUGGCUAUAAUCAAGUUCCUCAUGGAAGGUAUGGAUGAUUUUGUUUCAACUAUCAAGGUCUAUGAUCUUCUGCAAGCAAGAAAGUUCAUCACAAUGAACGACCUACUCUAUCUUCAAAUGAUAAUGGCAGUUCUAAGAAACGACUCGCUUAUUGCCAUGGUCUACAAGUUCGCCCAAAGCCAAAAUAAUGUGCUACACUUUGAUCCACCUUUAACAGACUUAGUUAUCUGCAAUAGUUUGGUAGAAGUGGGGGUUAGCGGAGCUGAUUUCCAUCGUUACUCACCAACCCAACUUCACGAGCUUGCUUUUCGCAUAAAACAGAUUGUCGAGGCAUUUAUAAAAUUUAAGAGGUCUCCUUGCAGCUACAGACUCGUAAUACCAUGUUGUGAUGGUGAGAGCUUUAAUGACGAGAUAGAGACGGACAUUGAAAAAAUUGCUGAUUCAAAAUCACAAGAAGACAGACAAGUAGAUUGCCGAAGAAGCAAGUCACGCACUUACUGCUGUGACAUUGGAAUGCAGACUGAUGAAGAAUUUGGAGAUAAUGUUAAAUCCGGCAAUCAAAAAGAAUUGGAAAGAGAAAAUACAAACCUGAAAAAACAAUUGACCGAAGCCGUACACCGUAUCCAAGCACAAUCAACGGAACUCAGAGAACUGAAAGAUAAAUUAGUCACUAUGGACGCCACGCAUCGUCAAUUAAAUUGCCACAGGUCUUCGCAGGAGGCUGAAAUACUGCAUAUCAGCGAAAAUUUUUAUGCGAACGGAUUAGAUCUUAAGAAUACAGAAUAUGAAUUGAAUUCUUUGAGGAAAGAAAAUGAUGUUCUGGUUAUGAAAUCAGAGAAACAUAACGAAACAUUGCAAAAUUAUGAAAAGGCUGUAAAAGAGAACAGGGAGCUGAAAGUUGAAAAGACAAAUACAGAGAUACAAAUGGGCAUACUGCAAAGGAACAUCGAGGAACUGGAGGAAAAACUCAGGAUACGCAUUGACGAAGAAAACUCUCUAAUCAUUGGUCUAAGAAAAGAACUGGAACUUACCACGGCCAGUUUGCUCAAUGUGCAAAAUGAUAAAAGAUUGUCCGAGCUGACAAUGUGCUUGGAACAGAUAGCAUCCAUGUCUAUGACAGUGAAGAAAGUUUACGGAAACUAUGCUCCAGCCCAUGAUCAGAUUCUACCAAAACAGGACGAGUUGUACAGAAAAGCUCUGUCUGGAAAGAUUGGAAGAAUCUAUCCACAAAUCUAUUAUUCAACCGCAAAGAGAUGAUGUUCAAUCAAAACUAUGAGUUGCAAAUUCUGUGAUAUUUUCUGAACAAUCAUCGUCAUGUUCAUCAUCAUCAUCAUUUAAAGCACAUUAUUUUUCAGAAACGAGUUUUUUUUUUCUUCUCAAGAAAGGACACACAUGAUUUCUUUAAACCUAUAGAGCAUAUUAGAUGCAUGUUACCCGAGGAAAGUCGCAAUGGCUGAAUGUGAAAUUAUUUUGCCAUAAAAGAAGCAAAAAGGUAAACUAUAUUGUAUUUGGACUUCCAUACAAAAAACUAAAUCACUAUAACCGUACUUAAUGCUAAAACCAAACCGAAGGAAAAGAUGGUUCAGAUAAUUGAACAAUGAGUAACUUUUUGGAAACUUUAAAAGUACUCCAAAAAUAAAAAGCUUUGAAAUUCGUGAAAUAAGAAUAAAUUCAUUUCAUUUGGCCUUUCAAUUAACACCUCGAAUGAAAGAGCGUAAAUAUAUAUUGUGUGUAGCUGCUCUUUUCUUAUGACUUUCGAUUCUGAUAUUGGUUUCAAAGCGAUUUAUAUAUACUUAAAUCAUUAUAAACAUCAUAACUUUGCUAACACAAUAAAUAGAUUGUGUAAUACUUUAACUAACUAUUGUGUAUUUGCCAAUUAAACGUAUUUCAUCACCACUUAUUGUCUAACUGCAGAGUUAACAACAACAUCUUCAAUUCAGUUACCCCGGUGUAAAUCAUCUAUGUAUUUGUAUCUCAGAAAUUUUCUAUUCCAUGUCAGGCAACUACUUUUUUCAUCUUUAAUUCACAUAACAAGAUGUAGUGCACUUUUGUUUACCUUAAUGUGAAGAAACAUUUUGCAGGGCAACUAUUUUCAUAUCCCAUUCUUUCUCUUAAUUAAUCGUAGAGAAACGCAUUCUUUUCGUAAUUCGAUGAAAAUUAUAAAGUUUUCAUCAAUUCUUCCAUUCGCUAAACUCGAUAUGAGGGCGACUAAAUGUCUUUACUUAAAUCAAUAUAAGACGUAUGUUUUUCCCUUCAUUUACAUAUUUUGAUAUAGUGCACAUAUUUUGUAUCACUCUAUGUAGGGCAUCUAUACUUUAUAUUCCAUUUUCUUAACAUUAGGUAGAACUUUUAUUCAUGUCAUCUUCCAUUCACUUAACUCAUUGUAGGAUGAACAGUUUUAUCUACCAUUCACUUUACUCGAUAAAGGAUGGAUACUAUUUAAUCUUCCAUUCACUUAACUAGCCAAGGUAUAAGGCAACACUUAUGAUGAUACUUACCAUUCUACCUCAUAAAAUUCAUUGAAUAUAGUAACACAUAUGACAUGCAUUGAUAUACUCUUUCACAAUUUGUGUAUAUCUUCUUAAAGUAUCGCGUUUGAUUGAUUCCUCAAGUAGUUACCGCGUUUGAUUCAUUUCUAGGAUGCUAUUGUAACAAUUGUUGUACUGUUAUUCAAUAGUUAUUUAAAAGAGUAACUGAAAAAAAAAACACCUUAAGUUGACAUCACGUAAAAGCAUUGCCAGAAGCUCGCCUAAUAUAAUUUCAUUCACCUCGUUAAAUAUAUCCAGUAUUUAACCUAUACUCAUUCAAUAUCCUUAUUCUAUAUAUACUGUUGUGUGCAAUUACUUAUUUCUAAACUCUAUAACAUGUUUAAAGUUAUUGAAUGAGUGAGUUAUGAUAGAAAUUUUGAAAUACAAGUUCAUGUACAGAACUAGUGAAUUUAAACAAGAAAUUACCAAUACAUUAGUAAUGAUACUGUACAUUUGUAACGUCAAUUUCAUUGGAUAGUCAAGACGUAUAUAUACGAGAAUAAAAUAUUCCAAAUACACGACCGUCGUAAAGUAAUUUAAUGUAUGAUCCUAAAACAGAGGAAAUAUGUAGUAUUAAAGCUUUCUGACAUGCCAUGUAUAAACGGUUGCGCAACCGUUUAGACGCGACCAUAUUAACCGUCCUAGAUCUUGCUUAUACAAGAAUUUAUAAAACAGGCACUCCUUGUGUGUAAAUAUGUAAAUCAAUUCAUAAUUUUACAAUUGUAUAAAACGUUAUGAAACUCUGACGAAAAUCGACGAAAGUUACAAACGUGCAGUUUUAUUAUAAAUCUAUAAUUUAAUUUAAUUUAAUUUAAUUAUUUCUUGUUAUUUCACACCAGUAUAAAAUGCUUGUAUUUAUAUAAUGAUCACUGAUUGUACAUGUAUAUAUGUUGACAAGAAGAAAAGAAAUUAUAUUGAAACUGUUUUGCCGUUCGUGUAAAUGUCAUGUGUGUACCCGUAUUGAUAUUAUAUAUUCUAAUAAAUGUAAUAUUUUAAUGGUUAUCGUGUUUGUCAUAUACAUACCUCCUAAGGACGUUUGUUACAGUUUUCAGGCAGAAGAAAUGUAAAAGAAUACUUUCACAGUGGCGUUGUCUACAAAU